AUGAUUUGUGGGGCACACUUCAAACAGGAGGAUUAUGUGAGCAGUGAUCGGAUGGCAAUGGAGAUGGGCUUCAAAACCUCCAGCCAAGUGAAGCUGGUUGGUGGCGCAGUUCCCUCUCUUCAUGCAGCCUGUCUGUCUGCUAACGGCGCUAAUGUUGCUAGUCCUGCUAAUCAGAGAAGAAGCACAUCUGCAGCUGAUAAGCGUUGGCUCUCUACAAUUCUGAGAGACAAUAAUCCGGCAGUAAGUGAAGCUGCAUCUGGACCACACACUGCUCCUGACCAGGAGCAAGAGGCCCAUACUUCUUUUGAUCCUCUGCCGCACACUGUAGAUCGGAUCUUGCAGUGUAACGUUACACCAUCACACCAAUCAUCAGAAGACUACAACCCUCUAACAUCAACACCGCUGAAGCGGAUUUUGGAUGACACCGAUGACCAAUCGUCAGACUUCAACCAACAGUGUGAUAGUUCUUGGUGCAUAGAGGAUGAUGAAGACAUUGAAAGUGAGAUGUCUGAAAUGGAGGACUCUGAAGAAGCACAACAAGAGGAGAUGACAGAGACUCCAACUUGUUUUGAAGAAGCUCCAGGUGUAAUACAGCGGCAAGAGGGGACGUUCAUAAAAAUAAAGCAGUGUUGCUCACUAUGUGGCUUUGAGCGAAAAUGGCAGAACCAACCGAAGAUGCACAGAAACAUGCCAGCCUGCAAUUUGCUGCUUAGUGGGGCCAUUCAUUUCUCCGGCUAUGCCUGGAGGUCUGAACAAGUUAGUGUCCUGGAGCAGCUCAAGGAGAUAAAUGGUGGACUUAUUCUGUCUGGUGACUGCAGAUCUGACUCUCCGGGACACUGUGCAAAAUAUGGCACCUACACUGUUAUUGAAGAGAGGCUGAACAAAGUGUUAGAUCUUCAACUUGUGCAACUCAGAGAUCGAAAUCGUCAGGUUGCCAAAUGGGUGCGUGAGAAGCUAUGUCCACGUGGGACCAAGCACUUUUUUGACAUUUGGCACGUUAGUAAAGGCCUGAAGAAGGCUUUGGAUUCAGCCACAAAGGAGCGGCAUUGUGAGGAACUGAAUCUUUGGAAAUCUGCCAUCAUAAACCAUCUAUACUGGACUGCCGCAUCGACACCUGAUGGCAAUCCAGAUGUAAUGGAAGCGAAAUGGGCAAGCCUUGUCAACCAUGUACAGGACAUUCACAGCCAUGAGAGCUUGUGGUUUCCUGUCUGUGCUCAUCCUAACCUGGAAGGAGAGGCCAGAAACAAACAGUGGCUGGAACCAGGAUCCAUGGCAGCAAUUAAGCUGGAGAGUCUGGCCACGAGGAAUACAUUUUUGAAGGACAUCCGGCAACUAUCCCCACAACAUCAAACAUUUUCGCUGGAGGCCUUUCAUUCGCUGAUUCUCCACUUUGCUCCCAAACACACAGGAUUCUCCUAUCUUGGCAUGCAUAGCAGGCUUCUUUUGGCUGCCCUUCACUUCAAUCACAACAGCAGUCGGAAGUUACAUCGGACCAUUGCUGGUGAGGUCAGUUUCGCUGUAAGGUACCCCAGAUUCCGCAAAGGCGAUUGGGUAAUCCGUCCGAUCAAGGAGAGUCCUUCAUACGACUAUGCUGUAGCUCUCAUGGUGUCCCUCCAACAAACCUACAGCAGGUCUCCAUCUAUGUUGAAGGGGAAGAGCGCAGCCCUCGCGUCAUGUGCACCUCAACCCCUUACGGCAUCCUUCCAAAAGGUUUCCAAGGAUGAGGCGGUUCAUCAGUACCUUGCACGGCAUUCAAGGUUUAAUGCCAGGUGA